AUGACAGUCAUGGCGAACUCAUUAAAUUAAUCGUUGCUGAAGUUUCGAUUAAGCUGAAUAAAAGAGACAAAAAGCUACCCGAUCAUUUAGUCGGACUUGAGGAUCGUGUUGAAGAUGUCAUGCGCCUAAUAGAUGAAGGUUCUCCUGAUGUACGUUAUCUAGUAAUCCACGGAAUGGGGGGCAUCGGUAAGACGACUCUUGCCAAGGUUGUCUUUAACCAAAUUUGCGGUCGAUUUCAUGGGUGUAGCUUUCUUUUGAGUGUUCGAGAAGCUUCAGAGGGCGGCAAUGUUGUUCAAUUGCAAAAACAGUUACUGUCCGAAAUUCUCAACAUCAAACAAGUGGAGAUCUUUGACUGUGAUGCAGGGAUUAAUCAAAUUAAAAGGAGAUUUCGCAACAAGAAAGUCCUCAUCGUUCUUGAUGACCUAGAUAAGCAGGACCAACUCAUAAAACUUGCAGAAAAGCAUGAUUGGUUUGGUCCAGGGAGCAGAAUUAUUAUUACAACGAGGGACACCCACUAUUUACCGAUUAAAGAGGAGAACCGAAGAAAUAAUGUCCGGACGCAUUUCAAAGAGUUUAAAAUCUAUGAAAUGAGAGAAUUGUGCCAUCGCCAUGCUCUUCAGCUUUAUAGUAAGCAUGCAUUCGAAAUGGAUUCCCCUCCACAUGAUUAUUAUCAUAUUUCUCGCAAUAUCAUUUCCAAAACCGGUGGACUUCCUUUGGCUCUCGAGGUCAUCAGUUCCUCUCUUUGUGGCAAAAGUAAACAACUUUGGAAAGCCACGUUGAAGAAAUUAGAGUUAGUUUCCAAUCAAGAUGUCCAUCACAAAUUAAUGAUAGGCUUUGAAAUGCUAGAGGUUGCACAAAGAGAAAUUUUUCUUGAUAUUGCGUGUUACUUUAUUGGUGAAGAAAAAAUCCAUCCACAUUAUAUGUGGAAAGCGUUGGAUUUUUCUCCAAAAAUUGAGAUCUUUGUUCUUUCCCGUAAGUCUUUGAUAAAGGUUGAUGGUGACAAUAGACUGUCGAUGCAUGACCUGCUCAGAGACCUUGGAAGAGAAAUUGUUCGACAAGAAGACAAAGUUCAUGAGAAGCGUAGUAGACUAUGGUCUCCCAAAGAUGCAUUGAACGUAGUGCAGCAUAGAAAGGGAACAGAGAACAUCACAGCACUCAAAUUAACUGGACUUCCAAAAGAGCACAACUUUACAAGUGAAGAGUUUUCAUGGCUGCCUAACUUAAGGUUGUUGGAAUUAGAGGGGGGAAACUUGGUAGGAGAUUUUAAGAAUCUUCUCUCAAGUUUAAAAUGGCUCUCUUGGCGUUGUUGCCCUUCAGACUUGCGAGCGAUCAAUUUAUGUUUACAGAACUUAGUCGUGCUCAAGCUAUCAGACAGCAAAAUUCCUAAGAAUUGGAAUGGAUGGAGCCCAUGCUUGGCAAAUCGUGAAUUGAAAGUUAUACAUCUCAUGAGAUGCCAUCUUUCGACAACUCCUAACUUCUCAACAUGCUUGAAUUUGAGGGUACUAGUUUUUGUUGAACAUUGUCUAGAGUCGCCACAAAUCGGUAGCUCCAUCAGUAAGCUAGAGCACCUAAAGCGCUUGGAAAUAAUUGCAGCUAGAGUUCAGCCGUCAAAGUUGUCUAGAAGCCCCCAUUUUGACCUGUGCGCUGUGCCUUCUGCAAUAUGCCGUCUAAAGUACCUGUCAAGUCUAAAGCUGGAGGGGCAGUGUAUACGAGAGCUUCAUCCAUCUAUUGGAGAGAUGGCAGCCUUGACAUGCUUGUCUUUAAUGCAUUGUUAUCAGCUUAGAAAGCUUCCAUACUCUAUUGGGAAGUUGAGAUCAUUGCUCGUGUUGAAUUUGUUCAACACAAGAAUCAAAAAAUUACCUGAUUCUAUUGGAGAUCUCGUAAGGUUGGAGAAAAUGAACCUGGGAUACACACGGAUAAGGGAGCUACCAAAUUCCAUUGGAGGACUAGAAUCAUUGCGUGACUUAGACUUGCAGUAUUCAGAUAUUAGAGCACUGCCUGCUUCUAUUGGAUAUCUUAAAAGACUGCAGCGAUUAUAUAUGAUUUUCAGUAAGAUAAGAGAGUUACCUAAUUCUAUUGGAGAUCUCAAAAUGUUGGAGGCAAUGCACCUGGGAUACACUCAGAUAAGGGAGCUACCAAAUUCCAUUGGAGGACUAGAAUCAUUGCUUCUAUUAGGUUUGCAAAAUACAAAGAUUAUAGAACUACCUACUUCUAUUGGUCAUCUUAGAAGGCUGAAGAUCUUCCAUAUGCGGGGGAGUAAGAUAAGAAAGCUACCGAAGGCCAUAGGGAUGUUAGAGAAUCUUACAUCAUUGGGAUACGACGGUUAUAGAAAUAUAGAUAUGACAUGGCCUCCUCAACUUUCACAGCUUUUCAUAUCUGGUGAUGAUUUUCAAUCACUCACAUGUCCUCCUCAGCUUUUGACACUCGACACAUUUUGUUCUGAUCGUCAAUAUCUCACAAGGCUUCCUUUAGGUCUUCGUUUUUUGGUAUUACACGGAGUCAAGUCACCAAUAGAACAUCGACUCCUUUUUGAAUUGAGAUAUUUGUCCGACUUAUGGCUCUGGGGAUGGUGCUUGACGGAGAUCGAGAUUGAACAGCUAGAGAAUCUCCAUUGUUUAAGGGUGUGGGACUGUAAAUCAUUAGUGAGGCUUUCGGGUCUAUCAAGAUUAGGGAAGCUCGAAGUGCUGGAUAUUCGUGAUUGCUCACAGCUAAUCGAGAUUCGAGAUUUGGGGGAAAUAGAAUCCCUAGAGACAUUACAUAUUCAAAAAUGUGGCUCCAUAGAAAGGUUACCUGAUCUAUCAAGACUACAUAAAUUGCAGAUUUUGUCCGUAUAUCAAUGUAAAUCGCUACAAGGUUUGCCUGAUUUAUCAAACUCGCUAGAGGCAUUAUUAAUUAAGGAUUUGAGCUCUAUAGAAAGGUUACCUGAUCUAUCAAAGCUACAAAAGUUGCGGGACUUUAUCAUAUGUCACUGGGAAUCACUGCAAAGUUUGCCUGAUUUACCAAACUCAUGUCAUCGCGAUAUUCAUGCUUGCCCACUGUUAGGCGAGUCUGGUGACAUUUCCGUUUCUUGCCGAUGGUGUCGGAAAGCCAACCCGGGCCUAUCUUCAAGGUGGCCACCUAUGUGUUCUUAA